UGGGAUAAACCCGAAGAACUGAAGUCAGAGACCGAGAAACUGUUGGCCAACUGUCACUGGAAGGAGUAUAAGACCGAAGACCAGAGGGUCUACUACCACAACAUUGUGACCAAGGAGUCCAUGUGGACUAUACCUCACGAGUUGGACGAACUUAAAGCUAAGAUUGCCAGCGAAGAGGCUAAGGCUUCCACUGCCGGCUCCACCAAUGGAUUCCAGACAACAGCGUCGGAACCGUUGCCAAAGUCGCCCAAUCAGUCAUCAUUGCCCACAACUCCUCAGUCGACACCACAACAGACAAUGACUCCGACGAUAACCAUUCCUUCGACUCCACCACAAGAGCCGCAGAUGACUGAAACACCUCCAGAACCCAGCGGUGAUAAAACUCCUGAGUCUCCGACCAGUAGUGAAGGCAAAGUGGACAGCAGUCCCAACGACUUCCCACUUCCCGCCACUAUUAUGACCCCAACGGAGACCAAAGAUCUGUCGGAAGUAUUUAAAGACUUAUUGAAGGAGAAGAACGUGUCGUCGACUGCCAGUUGGGAACACGCGCUCAAACUCAUUGGUUCUGACCAUCGCUUCGAACGGUUCCGCAGCCAUCCCGAGAGGAAGCAGUUCUUCAACGCAUAUAAAGUGCAAAAAGCGAAGGAAGAGAAGGAGGAGCAGAGGGUUCGCGCCAAACGAGCCAAAGAGAAUUUGGAGAAGUUUUUGCACUCAACCGACAAAAUCAAUUCGUUGACCAAAUACAGGGCAGCCAUCGAAGUGUUGAGAGACGUGGACGUCUGGAAAGCUGUUCCGGAGAUCGAUCGCAGAGAGAUCUUCGACGACGCGAUCGUGUUUUUGGCCAAAAAGGAGAAGACGGAAGCGAAACAAUUGCGGAAACGAAAUAUGAGAGUAUUGAGCGAUAUAUUGGACUCAAUGACUCAAAUCACACACCGGACCACUUGGCAGGAGGCGCAGCAGCUGUUGCUCGACAACCCGGUGUUCGCAGAGGACGCCGAGCUCUUAGGUAUGGAUAAGGAGGACGCGCUCAUUGUCUUCGAGGAACACAUCAGACAAUUGGAAUCCGAAGAAGAAGAGGAGAAAAAGCGCGAAAAGAAGAGACAAAUUCGACUCCAGAGGAAGAAUAGAGAGUCGUUUAUAGGCUUUUUGGACGAACUGCACGCCAGCGGAAAGUUGACGUCAAUGUCUAAAUGGGUUAACCUGUACCACGAGAUCAGUGCUGACCCGCGGUUCAGUGCAAUGCUGUCGCAGCCCUUCUCGGGCUCAACACCUCUCGACUUAUUUAAGUUUUAUGUCGAAGAACUCAAAGCCAGAUAUGAAGACGAAAAGCAAUUGAUUAAAGACAUCCUCAAGAGUAAAGACUUUGAGGUGACGAUUGCCACCACUUAUAUAGACUUCGCCACUAUUCUGAGUGAAGACACUCGAAGUGCGACACUCGACGGCGGAAACGUUAAAAUCAUUUACGAGAAGCUCAUCGAAAGAGAGAAGGAGAGGGAAAGGGAGCGAAUCAAAGAGGAACAGAAGAUUAAGCGUAAACUAGAGACCGCUUUCUUAGCUGUAUUGGCAAAACUGGAUCCGCCUAUCGAUGAGGACUCCGAUUGGGAUUCUGUCAGACAUCUCAUUGCCAAUGAAGAGGCUUUUAUGGCUAUUCCUACAGAAGCCGAGAGAAUAACAAUAUUCAAGAGUUGCAUCCGAACUAUGGAGGAGUCGUGUAGUCAUCACCACUCGAAGGCUAAGAAGAGCUUCUAUUCCAACAAAAAGACCGAUAAAUCCAAGAAAAUUAAGAAAAGAUCUCAUUCUUCCUCGUCUUCAUCUUCAUCGUCGAGUGGAGACGAGCGCCGACACAAACGCAGUGAAACCACUAAAAAGGACAGUCGAUCCCAUUCUAGAAGCGAUCGUUCCGCUCAUUCUCACAGCUCUUCCAGUGAUAGCGAAAAGGAGUUUCAGAAAUUCAAACCAAUUCCUCCGCGAAAGCAGUCUUCUGAAUCCGAUGACGAAAGGGCGCGAUUGGAAUCUCCAGAGAAAAGUAAAGUCACGGAAAAGACUUCCAAUGCUAACGAGUCUUUCGACGAUUUGGAAGAAUUGGAGAAACAAAGGAGAAUAUUGUUGCAACAGUUGGCCGCACAUCACACCACCCAA